GUCCUCGCAAUUUUAUUGAAUGUCCACCGGGCCGAAGCAAAACAGGAGAGCAUGAGCGGCUCCGUUGAUUCUAUGCCCUGACCCAGAACUUUGAUCCAAAGGCAGGGAGGGGGGAGGAGGGGGAGGAGCAGAGAGACCUGUGAGUUCGCCGAUUCACGUUCCCGUCGUUUUAGUCUCAGACCAGUGUGGAGUCGCUGGUCUGUAUUCUGUAUUCAUUUUCUCUGCUGCAAAUACAAUGGCUUCAAAAUCUUCUCAAUUCUGGGAGCAUUAUGGCUAUGAUUUGCUGUUGGGAUCAAUAGCUGCUUUCUAUUUGCUCAUGGCGCCGUAUACCAAGGUUGAGGAAAGUUUCAAUAUUCAGGCAAUGCAUGAUAUUCUUUAUCACCGACAUCACUUGGAUAAUUAUGAUCAUCUGGAAUUCCCUGGGGUGGUUCCUCGCACUUUCAUUGGUGCCUUGCUUGUGUCACUUCUUGCGGCUCCAUUUGUGUUGAUUAUGAGUUUGCUGCAAUUGCCAAAGUUUUACGGUCUUUUAAUGGUUCGAAUGGCUCUGGGGUGCAUCAUAUUAUAUACCCUAAGGUUCUUUCGUUGUCAGAUAAGAGAUAGAUACGGGCAUCAAGUAGAAGCCUUCUUUGUGAUACUUACUGCAAUUCAGUUUCACUUGUUAUUCUAUUCUACACGCCCGCUUCCAAACACACUUGCUUUGGGUGUGGUCAAUUUGGCAUAUGGAUAUUGGUUCAAGGGGAACUUUUAUGCGGCUUUGAAUUCUCUGAUUUUUGCUACUACUGUAUUCAGAUGUGAUAUACUUUUACUUCUUUGCCCCCUUGGGCUGCAGCUUCUGCUGACCAGAGAGAUUUCAUUAUGGGAUGCCCUGAAAUACUGCAUUGGGAUGGCUUUCUUCAGUAUAGGUCUUACUAUGUUGAUUGAUUCAAUUUUCUGGAAGAGGUUAUUGUGGCCUGAAUUUGAAGUAUUUUGGUUUAACUCAGUACUCAACAGGAGUUCUGAGUGGGGUACGCAUGCUUUCCAUUGGUACUUCUCCUCAGCACUCCCUCGAUCAUUGCUUGCUGCAUAUCCUCUUUCACUGCUCAGUCUUUUCCUAGACAGAAGGGUUCGGUCUUUCACUGUCCCAGUUCUUUCCUUUAUUCUGAUUUACUCCAAGCUUCCCCACAAGGAGCUCCGUUUUAUCAUAAGUUCAGUUCCAAUGUUUAACCUGUCUGCUUCAAUUGCUGCUAACAGAAUUUUCAACAAUAAGAAGAAGCCUUUCUGGAACUUGCUUUUCUUCAUGUUGGUGGGACUAUUGUUAAUAAGUGUAGGAUGCUCCAUUACAACUUUCAUGGCAUCAUACUGGAAUUACCCUAGCGGGCAUGCGUUAAAAGAAUUGCAUCAAAUUGGUGUUCUUAAUGAUACAACUGAGCAGUGGGUUCACAUUGACACCUUUUCAGCCAUGAAUGGUAUAUCCCGCUUUUGCGAAGGUGAUUCCCCAUGGAGAUACUCUAAAGAAGAACAAAUCAGCUUGCAGGAAUUCCGCCGGAGAAAUUUUACUUUUCUCAUAAAUGAACACCCAGUGGUUGAUGGAUUCAAGUGUCUAUUCAGUGAAGAUGGGUUUGUUAGAGCUCGUUUUAGAUUUGAAUUUCUGCCGAUUGUACUGGUUAAAGAGCCCAAAGUGUAUGUCCAUGGAAACCUGGAAAACCGGAUGAUUGUUCAAAAGGAUUGGCCAGGCUGCUGAUAGUCCUUCCUGUUAGUGAUAGCUUUUUGAGCUAAUAAUGUGAGUCACAGGCGGAGUUUGUUUGGUGAAAAUGUUCUCCUUUUGUAUAAUAGUUGAUAAUUGAUAUCAUGUAGCAUUUUAAAUUGAUUUAUCAUUAUCGUAUUUCCAUAUUUGUUAAUAGAUAAUUAAGACCAUGCUUAUUCAACUGUCAAUUCUUGAUGCAUUCAUCGUGUGGCAGGUAUUGAUUAUGCA